AUGCUGUGGCUUAGCCCAAGUGAACAUCGUCGGUUGCAGCAACUCUAUCAAGAUCCCUACGCGGCGCUAGGCGGGCGGGCGAGCGGCGGGCAAGUGCAACUGUGGCAGUUCUUACUUGAAGAAUUGGCGGCGGGUUCACCUGGUAUUUGCUGGGAGGGUCCCCCGGGUGAGGGAGAGUUUCGUCUUUCGGAUCCCGAAGAAGUGGCCCGACGGUGGGGACGCCGCAAACAGAAACCUAAUAUGAACUAUGACAAAUUAUCUCGCGCUCUUCGCUACUAUUACGACAAGAACAUCAUGGGGAAGGUCCCCGGUAAGAGAUAUGCGUACAAGUUUUGUUGGGCGGGCUUGGCCGCAGCCUGCCAGUCCCAGACGGAUGCUCCCUAUUGGCCAUACCUUCCUCCUCAUCCACAUCACUCUACAAACUGA